CCGCGGCCGCCGCCAGGCUCCCCGCGUCCGGCGAAGCGGCGGCGGCGGCGACGCGGGAGGAGGAGCAGGAGGAGGAGGGCGACGAGGACCUGCGCGACGGCGGCGUGCCCUUCUUCGUCAACCGCGGCGGGCUGCCGGUGGACGAGCCCACCUGGGAGCGGAUGUGGCGGCAUGUGGCCAGGAUCCACCCCGACGGGGAGCGGGUGGCGGAGCGCAUCCGCGGCGCCGCCGAUCUGCCCAAGAUUCCCAUACCAAGUGUGCCUGCGUUCCAGCCAUCCACCCCCAUCCCUGAGCGCCUGGAAGCUGUACAGCGCUAUAUCAGGGAGCUUCAGUACAAUCACACUGGGACACAAUUCUUUGAGAUUAAGAAGAGCAGACCUCUGACUGGGCUGAUGGAUCUGGCCAAAGAAAUGACCAAAGAGGCCCUGCCAAUCAAAUGCCUGGAAGCUGUGAUCCUGGGAAUUUACCUCACCAACAACAUGACCACGCUGGACCGUUUCCCCAUCAGCUUCAAAACCCACUUCUCAGGGAACUACUUCCGACACAUCGUGCUGGGGGUGAACUUUGGAGGCCGCUAUGGGGCACUGGGCAUCAGCCGACGUGAAGAGCUCAUGUACAAAGCACCCGUCUUCCGCACACUGAGUGAACUCAUCUUUGACUUCGAGGAGGCGUAUCGCCGGUGCUGGCACACGCUCAAAAAGGUGAAGCUAGGGCACUGUGUGUCCCACGACCCACACAGUGUGGAGCAGAUUGAGUGGAAGCAUUCCAUCCUGGAUCUAGACAAGCUAAGCCGGGAAGACUUCCGCAAAGAGCUUGAGAGACAUGCCCGUGACAUGAGGCUCAAGAUUGGCAAAGGAACAGGACCACCAUCUCCCACCAAGGACAGAAAGAAAGAUGUUUCCUCCCCACAAAGAGGUCAGGCCAGUCCUCAUCGCCGCAACAGCCGUGGGGACCGACGGCCGUCUGGUGAGAAGAAGCCUGCUGAUUCCAAAGCCAUGCCAGAUCUCAAUGGGUACCAAAUCCGGGUGUGAAGAGGCUUGUACGCCUGGCUCCACAGACUUCUUGCUGGCCACAGCUGGGACCUGGAUCCAUCUGCUGCAAUUCUGACAAAGGGGACAGGGGAGCAGGAAUGGAACAGUGCUGAUCUUACCAGGUGCUUUCUAGUGGGCCAGUCCCAGAACUGGAUCCCAUGGGUCCCAAAGGGUUCACCUGCCUGUUUCUGGAAGAGAUGUCCACCUUAAUUCACCGAAAUAAGUAUUUUUUUAAAAAGAAAUAAAAAGAUCAGUACAUCCGUGGGAGUGUGCUGCAGGGACAAUAGGAAGCGGGUGGGAUCAGUGGACUUGUUACCAAUUUUUUGAUUUGACAGCACAUAAGAUUAAGCAUCUCGUCAACAGUACUUCUUCCCUAUCUGCACAGAAGUCUUGAGCCCAUGCAAGGCAGAAGGAGGAGUGAUGCUGGAAAGGGAUGACCGACCCCCACAUCUUGUGCAAAACCUCCUGGCUUUUUCAUUCUGAAAGCUUUGUUUAGCAAUGCUCUUAUAAGAGGGCAGAAUUUUCUCAGCCCAAUUUAUUAUUGAUCUUGUAAGGGCCUCAUCUUCAUCUGGGGAAAUUGUAUCUUAUAUGUUUAAUCCUAUUUCAGUACCUUUCAUUGACUCUGAGGGAGCAGACAGUCAGAUAAUAAUCUUCAGCCACUGUGAUGCUGAGGAGCUGCUGCAGCAUGUCCUUUUUGUGGUGAAGUGGGUCAGGAUAUGCCCAUGCCAUUGCCAUGUGAAAGCAGGCACAGAGACAUCUGUCAUCGCAGCAGUGGAGGCUGGGACUGGCUGGCAGCCUGAACUUUAAGUUCUCUCUUUAUCAGUCUUCUAUUAACUUGUAGUGACGUGCUAAAGUGAAAGCUUAUGGAAGGCAUUUCAGUAACUGAAGUGUAAGUUUUAAGAGUAAAUACCUUAAAAAGAAUUUAAUGAUCUGAACAGGUUUUACAAGCAUUUUUCCUUUCCACAAGGAUCUUGUUUCUCCCUCACUGAUGUUAGUGCUUGUUACAGUCACCUGUUGUUGGGAAGCCCCGCUCAAUGAGAUUGUAGCUGCUUUCCUACCAGUUCAGCAUAGAGCUUCCUGAAAGUUGUUCCCAAUCCCAGUUCCAGAGCUGUGCUUGUGUUCUGGCUUCUUGGAGAGCUGCAGUAUUGAACAGCACCACUUAAGCAAGCCUUCCCCAAAGGAUCAGGCUGGACCUCUGCCUGGUAAUAGCUUUGACUGGAGUGUUUUACUACUGAUUAAGCUGUGCAAUGCUUGUCAGAAAUCUGGAGUGUUGUCACGUCUCUCUUUGAGGCCUAAGACAUGGAAACUGAAGUUGCUAGAAAUCAGAACAGUGUGGCCUUGAAGUGAUCUGGAUACACUGAUCUGGGGAUGCAAAAUUUAAGCUUGAGAGUUGUAGUGUCCUGGAAAGAAACUGAGACCCGUCGUACAACAAAACUGACAAGGAGCUGAACUUUCUGAAGUACUAAGUAUAUAAUUUUCUUAGAACUGGGCUUAUGCUUUCCUGUGGACUCAUCAGAAACAUGAUGGAGCUCAGCUCCAUCAGGAUUUUUUUUGCAGGAUAGUUGUGCUACACUCAUAAGCAGGGCUAUUUUGGUGGCAGAGAAUGGGCUCUUAUCCCCAAACAAAUCAGCUCUUCUGCCAAGUUAAAGCAGUGUUAAUCCUCAAAGAACCGCCCACAAGCGAUUUAACUCAGGCCUUACAGGUUCCUAAUUGUACAUCCUUAACUGUGAUGUAACUUGCCAGGCGCUAUAUCCAUACCAUGCAGUCUGUCUUUCUGAGCUGUCUUAGUUGUCUGUACUUUCCUGCUAUGCUGCAUCACCAGGAGGACAGUACAUAGGGUGGUGGCAUAACCUGCUACUGAUUCAAAAUAAGGUUAUUGCAGAAGAAGAUACUUGUUUCCAUACUGCAGUACAACAUCUGCCCCCUCCCUUGCAUUCCAGCUAUAUACAACAAUUUGAAAUUAGAUGGCAGUAGCAAGCCAAGAAGCCAGUUGAAUCCAUCUUCUGAUCAAUUCUGUGGCUGUAAAUUAACAUCUUUAGUGUCUGAGUACUAACAAUCACGUUAGCUGUACAGGUACCACAGUUAACUGUAAAUAAUAUGGAUCAUUUGGAAGCCAAAAACUGCCUUUGCAUACUGUUUGCUAUGCAACAGACUGAAAGUUCAGGUGCCACUGUGAAUUAUAUAAUAAACACAAGCAGCAGACAGCAAAGGAGACUGACUGUCAGGUUUUAUUAAAGAGAAAGAUAUCCAGGAAAAAAAAAUUGUAAGUCACAUGAAACUGGGAUGCAUCCACACCAUGACUCUGGUUGGCAAGUUAGUUUACUCAGAGUAACUGGAAAGCUCUUGAAAAUAAUUAGUAGCUUCAUAAAGAGCAAGUUUAAUAGCUGGACAGACCUGAGCUUUUUUUAGCUGGAGAGAAGGGGAAGUGUGUUGGGUUGGAGAAAACUUCAGAGAAGAUGUGGUAAGUGAAGGGGUCAGCUGCAUGCUAAUGAUGUUUUCUUAAGAGCAGGGCAAAAGGGAUGCUAAGAAGUGUUAGAUCACCAGGGCAGAAUGGCUAAAAACAAAGUGCUUUGUUUGACCCAUUAAUUAAGCACUUUCCUGCAGGAUGUAACUGAGGCCAAUAGUUUAGAAAACCAAGGAAGUGGAUGUUUAAAGAAUGAAUGACAGGUAGAGUUCAAGGUCUCUUAAUCCUCAUCCUUGGGAGCACUCACCAGCUGUAGCCAGAAACAAUAUCCUCUUUUGAGAUUUAGUUGCACAGUUAUGUACAUCAGGAGUCAUUUAAUUCUUCUUAUGUAUCUAGUAUCGACUCCUUAAGAUGGACGAAGGAACGGACACUAGAGUUACUAUUUCAAGCCACCUUCUGUGUUUCUCUGUGUGGAAGAAGUCCUGCCCUUUGCUGUCUCUGAAUCUCCAGUUCAACAGAGAGCGCAAAGAAACGGAAAAUGACCAAUUUUCCCCUUCUUGCUCUUGUUCCCCCCCAGUCUCUAUUACAAGAUGAAUCACAUCAAUACAAAGCUUAGCUUCCUUGCUAAGCCUUGCUAACAAGACAGCUGUCUCCUGUGGCACAGAGGAUUAGUGCAAUCCAGAUUUAUGCCCUAAAGAAACUUGAAGGUACAAUGAAAAAUGAACCCUGCUUCUGCACUUCAGCUCCCUCAUCCAGCUACUAUGGCUUCUGGUCUAUCUGCCUUUAUCUGUUUAAAAAAAAAAAAAAAAAAAAGGCUAGAGGCAAGUCUUUCUCACACUUCUGCAGAGCUUCUCUUCUCUUUAGAGCUGCAGAGAAGGAAUGCAAAUAAGGAAGUAGGGUGUAACUUGUACUCCUUGGUGCCUGCUGAAUGAAAACGAUGGCUCUUGAGGAGUCCUAUUAUUUAAUGUUAAAUAUUAACAUGAUUGUUCAUGUAGCUCUGGGGUAUAAAUUUUCACUAUUCAGUAGGUCCCAUCUGAUGUCUGUUCUGCAUACAAGCCCUCCUGAACCCUGCGGAAGGGAACUGCCUCCAAUACACUGAGAUUGGAUAGAUACUGCCUAUGCUGUAUGUGAAGUCCAGGUCAGCUAUGAAAGAUGUGACUGGAGCAAAUGUUGACCUACUACUAGCAAAACUAUCUUAAAUGCAAUCCUUGAAAUAAGGAGUUCUUCAUAUUUUUAUGUAGAGAAGUCCCUUUGACAGCUGGCCACUUGCAAAUUUUUUUCAUGAAUAAAAGCGUAAGUGAGCAAAACCAAGAACUUUCUGCCAUGGUGUCGCUCUGAUAUCAUCAAAUACUGAGAAGUGGGAUCAAGUCUUCAUCAGUCUGUGACACACUGGCCUUUGUUUUUUUGUUGUUGUUGUUUUUUUAAACUUUUUAAAUGUGAUAAGCUAAAUGAGUCUUUAGAAACUUAAGAUAUGUUAGCAAGUAUUUUAGCUGGGAGUGGAGUUCUUUUAUUCAGUUGACUAUGACUAUUUUACCUGUGUGCCACUGUAUGGCUCAGUACAAAGUAUGCUUGGAUGCCUACCAGAAUAAAUGACUCCAGAACUGUGGUUGAAACAGA